AUGGCGCCUCCGACAGCAGUAAUCACUGGUGCAUCUUCGGGCAUAGGCCUAGCACUGACCAAACACCUAUUAUCGCUUGGCUGGUGUGUCGCAAUGGCUGAUAUCAACCCACCACAAGAGGAUCUUGGAAAUAGAACACUCUACGUGAGAACCGACGUAACAUCCUGGUCACAGCAAGCAUCUCUUUUCGAUGAAGCGUAUAAGUGGCAAGGUCGUCUGGACUUCUUCGCAGCCAACGCUGGCAUCGACGAUCGAGACGACAUCUUCAAUUCGAUAUCCUCUGACAAACCACCAAAGCAGCCGAACAUGAUGUGCUUCGAUGUCAACCUCGUGGGACAGUAUUACGGUAUCAAGCUCGCAGCCCAUUACAUGAGUCUCGACAGCACAGCCGGGAAGGCGAAGCGUGGUGGCAAGAUCGUGGUUACUUCAUCCGGUGCCGGCAUCUAUCCAAGUCCCUUUGCGCCGCAGUAUGCAGCCUCGAAACAUGCUCUUGUCGGGCUGGUGCGAUCACUAGCACCUAUUUCGGCGCCAGUGGUACAGAACUCCCUGGAGGCCACCGCUAGGACCCGCUGUACACAAGACAUGGAAACCGAGAUAAACGGAGUCACCUGUUGCUAUCUCGCUCUUGCCCGAGAGAACGAGCUGACGUGUCCUCCCCAAAAUUCUAGGAAUAUCAGAAUCAACGCCAUAUGCCCAGCACUCGUACGCACCGGCCUCGCGCCUCCAGGACUACUCGAGCAGUUCAAGGAUGAGCAGUUAACACCCAUGGAGACAAUGCUCCGCUGCUUCUCCACUCUAGCAGACUUCGAGAACGUCGGAAAAGCGGACUGGGUGGAGAGCGGCAAGAACGGCGAGACGGUCGAGGGUAAUCUCACAGACCUGAUCUGGCAUCAACCGCCUCAGCCGCCACCUGAGAAGUCCUAUCAAGACGAAGAAGGACAGAAGGCGUGGGCGAAAAUCUAUCAUGAGAGAAACAGGAAGUUUGCUGAGGCGGACUGGGAGAGCGAGAAGCAGGUGUAG